AUGACGCCAACUCCCGACCAGCCGCUUUCAAAGGCUGCAUUAAUUCCAGGGACGCACCCCAACAUCGAUGCUUACAAGGAGACCAUUGGAAGGGGGAUUGCGGUGCCACUUGAAGCUAUCUUUGAUAGGAAUGAAGAGCGCCUUUACGGAGUUCCGGAACUGCCACUCUCUGCAACCGACCUGCACGAUGUCUGCUCAUUUGGUCCUGUCCUUGGCUGCAGCAAUGAAGAUUUGCUUGCAGAGAUGAACACCCAGAACGCCUUAUUAGACAAGGCACUGCAGAAGAAUAUGUAA